AUGUCAAUUGACGAAUUUCCUUUUCUAGAACAUCAAGGAAAUGAACGAUUCUUAAUAUUUUUCAACGUAUGGAGGUAUUUUUUUACAUUCGAACCACCUACAGAGUACAGAUCUGUUUUCUGUAGUAUCUAUUGUUGCCGUCAUCCGUCUUAUUCUAUGGCUGACGAUCAAUCCUCAUCAAAAGAAGUUAAUGGAGGUGGUGAAGGAAAUGAAUUAUCCUAUGAUGAUGAAACAGUAACAACAGCCGUUGCUGAAAGUAUUAAAACUACUGCCGUAGUAGACGAUUAUCCUGAAGAACCAAUUGAAGAUUAUGUCGUCAAUUUAGUUGUUAAUGAACAACCUGAUGGUGGUAUUACACCAUCAACCAGCAUAAUUGAUGCUGCUAUAACAGAUAUACAGGAUAGUAUGACACCAUCAAAAACAUCAGCAAUUGUUGACAAGAUCAAUGAAUAUGUAACAACAGCGGUUGAAGAAUUGAGCAGUGAUACUACUCCCGUCGCUAUUACUGGUGGUAAACGAUGGUGGGGUUGGUCCACGCAAAAAUUAUUAUUGGUUGGUUUAAUUGCACUCUGCGUUCUUGCAAUUCUUAUUGUCAUUUUGUGUGUAGUUUUCGGUAAGAAAUUUAAGAAAACCAAGAAAACACCAGCAACAGCUGGUACAACAGGCACAACGAAAGCAGUAGUAACCAAAGGCAUAUCACCAGACCCGAAAUAUCAACCAGUGCCAAAUGUUUGA